UUGUAUUCGGAUACCGUAUAAUUGAGACAACAUGAGGCCAAUCAACAUAAACAAUUUCUCUAGUGUCUUUCUCGCGAGUAUAACUUACCGCUGUGUCUGCUAUAACCGGGACUCAUUAAGGAAUUCCAGCAGCCAAAAUGUCUGAUAUGGAAGGAGAUGAUGGACCUGUGAAACCCACAGUUGUCUCUGAAGCUGGUGGUCGUAUGGACAUCAAUUCUGCAUUGCAAGAAGUUCUCAAAUUGUCAAUGAUUCAUGAUGGGUUAUGUCGAGGUCUCCGUGAAUCAGUCAAAGCUCUUGAUAAAAGACAAGCUGCAUUGUGUGUUCUUGCUAAAAACUGUGACGAACCAAUGUAUACUAAAUUAAUUGAAGCAUUGUGUGCAGAACAUAGCAUUAAUCUUCUCAAGGUAGACGACAAUAAAAAACUCGGUGAAUGGGCUGGAUUAUGCAAGAUAGAUAAAGAGGGAAAUGCACGAAAAGUUGUUGGAUGCAGUUGUGUUGUUGUCAAAGAUUGGGGAAAAGAAACGCAAGCUCACGAUGUUCUUAAUGACUACUUCAAGGCAGCAUCACCUCUGAAACAUUAAAGGGUUUCAUUUUCAUAAAAAGAUUAUCUAACAAA